ACACGAUUUUAUAACAAUUUAAAAUGCCGGAACCAGAAUCUCCGCCGAAAAAACACAAACGGGAACCGCUAGUGAUACCACGAAGGAAACCCUCAGUGGUCAUACCAGGACGGAAGAUCGUGUAUCCCACCCCGGACAAGACUACAUGUGCAGAAUGCACGUGCUUUCCAAAAGAUGCUCCUUAUAGAAAGCCAGCGAAAUUGAGAGCCUGUUUGCAAUCACCACCUACAUUAUACGAGCUAACAGCGAUAGUGGUAGAUCAGCUGAAGUUUCCAGAAGCAUUCCAUUGGACAGAGGAAGAUGUAGCUGAGUGGGUGGAGGGGCAAGUUGGACUGCCGGAGUAUAAGGAGUGCAUUAUGGAUAACAAAAUCAACGGACGGAGGUUGCUGAUGCUAGAACACGCGUAUCAUCUGCCUCCGAUCGGGGUCCAUAGCUUAGAGCAUAUCCAAAGGAUAACUUCAGCGGUCCGCAAUCUCUUCAGCACGGAGUUCAUCAAAUUCAGCCGUAGUAUAGGGCUGCCGACACGUUAUCCACUAACUCAUUGUACCUGGUUCAAAUCCCGGACUGGGCCCAGUUGGGGCAUACGACAAAAUUGGACCAGAUGUGAUAUUCUCCGAGCUAUGGGGAUUUUAAUGCCUGCACCUGUGUAUAUGGACCACUGGGAUUUAGUUUGGUACCAAAAGCCAGAUUUCCCCAAAGUGAAGUUUGCAAGGAUCCCUAAAAGGCAUAAAUCCGAUCCUAUACCACAUUACACAGGGAAGAAAGAUAUUUGGAACGAAAUUCUGGUCCCGAGAAAAUUCAUCCUAGAGAAGCACAUCCCGCCAGAACUCCAGCUGAUCUGGAUGCAGAAGAUAGACUAUCCCCCCCUCUUUCCCGAAGAAAAGAAGAAGACAAGACCAGUGAAGCCUUCGCGAUUAGUACCCAAGCCGGUGAAGAUUGAGGGCUUGAAGGGCGAGCAGCUGCUGCUGGCGAGGAGGCAAAUGCCCAAACCCAAGUUCCUGCCUUGA